ACAAGGCCACAACCGAUAUUACUCAAAUACCCAACGCUUACGCCGACAAGGCGUUAAAGCCAAAAAAAGCAGUUCUGGAUUCGAAACUUGAAACAAACAGAUCUCCAAAAUUCGAUUGCCUCCUGAUUCUGGCUUGUUCAGACACGAAACCGAACAAACCCAGUUGCAUUAUCCACAUCACUCACACUGUACACUGAUUGAAAUCUCUUUCGACUAAUCUUCGCGCAUUCGAUUUGAUCUUCGCAAAUGGAGUACCGCAAGAUCAAGGAUCAGGAUGAAGAGGAAAAGUCUGCGGGUGACCUAGAAAGCUUACGAGGAAAACUUAAUUCAGCUGCUGUGGGUGGAUUAUCUGGUGGAAAGUCUCAAUGGAAACGCAAGUCCAUGGUUACGCUUGCGCUGACUAUACUUACGAGUUCACAAGCUAUACUUAUUGUCUGGUCAAAAAGAGCGGGGAAAUACGAAUACAGUGUCACAACGGCAAAUUUUUUGGUUGAAACUUUAAAAUGUGCAUUAUCACUCGCAGCCUUGUCGAAAAUCUGGAGAAAUGAAGGUGUAAAUGAUGAUAACAGGUUAAGCACUACAGUAGAUGAAAUAAUUGUAUAUCCCAUUCCUGCAGCACUAUAUCUUGUUAAGAACUUGCUCCAGUAUUAUAUCUUUGCAUACGUGGAUGCUCCAGGAUAUCAGAUAUUGAAAAACUUCAAUAUAAUCAGUACCGGUGUUCUCUAUCGCAUCAUUCUAAAGAAAAAGUUAAGCGAGAUCCAGUGGGCAGCUUUCAUUCUACUGUGUGCUGGGUGUACCACAGCUCAGCUUAAUUCCAACUCUGAUCAUGUUCUUCAGACUCCACUGUAUGGUUGGAUUAUGGCUAUUGUCAUGGCUCUUCUGAGUGGGUUUGCUGGGGUAUACACUGAGGCAAUUAUCAAAAAACGUCCUCAGAGAAACAUCAAUGUGCAGAACUUCUACUUAUAUGUCUUUGGAAUGAUUUUUAAUGCCAUUGCAAUAGUGAUUCAAGAUUUUGACGCAGUUGCAAACAAGGGUUUCUUCCAUGGCUACUCAUUCAUUACUGUACUCAUGAUUGUAAAUCAUGCACUUAGUGGCAUCGCUGUCUCGAUGGUAAUGAAAUUUGCUGAUAACAUUGUUAAGGUAUAUUCCACUUCGGUAGCAAUGUUGUUGACAGCAGUUGUCUCAGUUUUUCUGUUUGGAUUCAAUCUAUCCCUUGCCUUUUUCCUUGGUGCCACUGUUGUGUCCGUCUCUGUUUAUUUGCACUCAAAUGGGAAGGUGCAAAGAUAACGGCAACUCUUCUUUAAGGUUUGGUCCCAUACAUAACCUGCCUAGAACUUUGAUUUGGAUGAUAUCGUGGAUCACAUAAACUGGCUUGUUAACACUGUCCUGAGUGGCUGUAAUGUGUGGUGCUUCUGGUCCCAAUAUUUGUCAAAAUCAGAGGAAAGGUGCCAAUUUUCGCCAAAGCGAUGCUUCUUGUAACUGGCCAAUGUUAAAAAACAGGUUGCAUACCUCAUUUACCAUGUAUGGCUGUAAUUUGUUGAUUCAUUGGUAAUAAAUCUUGCCAGGUUCAAAAGCUUUUACUAGUUGCGGUUA